GUGUGGGAUUCUAAUUCAUUACCCUCUCGUAUAUAUAACUCCUCACUUCGCUUUUACCCUUGUUCAUCUCUCCCAGUUACCGAGAGAGAGAGAGACAGCGAGGUUAAGUUAAGGAUAUUAUGAGAACGAGGAGAGGGUUGUGUUAUCCUCGAGUGGUUCCACUUCCAAAGAUGUGUUCAGACUCUAUUGUUAGCCGGAAAAGGCAGAAGAAAUCGCCGGAGAAAACCGCCGCCGAUUCCAAUUUUUUCGAAUCUUUGCCUGAUGACCUUGUGCUCUCUAUCCUCUGCAAGUUUAGUUCCACCGCAACUUCCCCUUCAGAUUUUAUUAGUGUUCUCAUAACGUGUAAAAGACUAAACGCCUUAGGUCUUAACUCUCUCGUAUUAUCAAAAGCUUCCCUUAAAACAUUCUCAGUUAAAGCUAAAAACUGGUGUGACUCCGCUCACCGCUUCCUCAAACGAUGUUCUGAUGCCGGAAACAUUGAAGCAUGCUAUACUUUGGGCAUGAUUCGGUUCUAUUGUCUGCAAAACAGAGGGAGCGGCGCGUCGUUGAUGGCUAAGGCAGCGAUGAACUCUCACGCGCCGGCUCUGUACUCGCUGGCGGUUAUACAGUUCAACGGCAGCGGAGGCACCAAAAACGAUAAGGACCUUCGAGCCGGUGUGGCUCUGUGCGCACGCGCUGCGUUCCUUGGACACAUCGACGCGCUGCGCGAGCUUGGUCAUUGCUUGCAAGAUGGUUACGGCGUUAAGCAAAACGUUACCGAGGGUCGGCGCUUCCUCGUUCAAGCAAACGCUAGAGAAAUUGCCGCCGUUUUGUCCUCCGUUUACAAGAAGCGCACGCGGUUGACGUGGAGCCAACAACCGGUUCCGCACCCGAACCCGAACCCGAACCCUCAGCUCCGGUCUUUUGGCGGGUCGGGUUGUCCCUUGCUCAGCGAUUUCGGUUGCAACGUGCCGGCACCGGAAGCCCACCCGGCGAGCCGGUUCAUGGCGGAGUGGUUCGCGGUUCGGGGCGGUUCGGGUACGAGGCUCUGUUCGCAUUCGGGUUGUGGGAGACCCGAGACGAGGAAGCACGAAUUUCGAAGGUGCUCGGUUUGCGGUGCGGUGAAUUACUGCUCACGCGCGUGCCAAGCGCUUGAUUGGAAGUUCCGCCACAAGACGGACUGCGCCCCCGUGGAGAGGUGGCUGGAUGAGGAGGGAGAAGAUGGCGGCGGUGAGGGUGACGCCGUUGUAAACGGUGGCGACGGUGAGGGGGUAGUUGUGGUUGAUAGUUAGAUGGUUUUUUCCAAACGUUAACGGCGACGGUAACGGAAGCCUGUUUGGAAGUUUCAACGGGUAUGAGUCUAUUUUUUGGCAUUGGGGUAUGAAAUAUGAAAAAAGAAAAUAUAUUAUUAUCUCAUUUAUUACUAUGGCCCUAGAAAAUGCAAAUUCCAAUGGCAAUGUGGCUUCCUCUGUACCUUUUUACUUUUGUAUAGAAGGUUAAAUUCUCCUGAAAAACAAAAUGAAGGGGAUGCUUUUUGUUUUAAUUUUUCUUUUUUGUUCCAUAGGGCAACUAUCAUCCUUAGUUUUUGUUAAUUCCAGUAAAUUAAGAUAUGAACUUUUUAAGUUCAUAAUUUUCCUAUCGAUUUGGUUACGUAAAUAUCAUUUUGGUCAUGAGCACAAAAAUACGGAAC